CAUGAACGACUUGCUCUACUUACCCUCCAGGAGACUUUCACACUCACGCUCACUCUUUCUCUGUCUCUCUCUUUUUCUCUCUCUAGAAAAUGCAGGGAGGGCAUAUGGCAGUUGAAGAGCCUGUUAGGCUCUCCUCAGUUCUAUCUUCUUCAAAACCUAGCUAUUUACCUUCACUAACAAAAAUAGUUGGAACACUUGGACCUAAUUCGCAGUCAGUAGAAACCAUUGAGGCAUGCCUUAAUGCAGGAAUGUCAGUUGCAAGGUUUGAUUUUUCAUGGUUGGAUGUUGACUACCAUCAACAAACUCUUCAAAAUCUCAGGAUAGCUAUGAAAAAUACUAAGAAAUUAUGUGCUGUUAUGUUGGACACUGUUGGCCCUGAACUUCAAAUCUGUAAUCAGACUGGAAAACCAAUCGAGCUGAAGGCUGAUGACCGUUUGACUAUAACUUCAGAUAUUUCUAAAGAACCAUCUUCAAAGGUCUUACCUGUUGAUUAUUCUGGACUCUCUGGGAUUUUAAAGAAGGGUGACACUAUUUUUCUAGGGCAGUAUCUCUUAACAGGAAGUGAGAACACCUCAGUAUGGCUUGAGGUUUUAGAGACAAAUGGUCAAGAUGUCAUAUGCCUCAUAAAAAACACUGCUACUCUUACAGGCUUUAUAUUAAUGCAUGUUUCUCAAACACUGGCAAGCUUACCAACUUUAAGUGAUAAUGAUAAGAAGGUUAUUUCAGGGUGGGGAACGCGCAACAAUGUCGAUUUCAUAUCUCUGUCCUAUACUCGCAAUGUAGAAGAUCUACGAGAGCUUAGAGCUUUCCUUACAACACAUAAUCUCCAAGAAACUCAAGUAUUUGCCAAAAUUGAGACUGUGGAGGGUUUGAAGCAUUUUGAUGAGAUCCUUCAGGAAGCAGAUGGUAUUAUCCUCGGUCGUGGAAAUUUAGGAAUUGACCUUCCUCCAGAAAAGGUUUUCUUAUUUCAGAAGUCAGCUGUAUAUAAGUGCAACAUGGAAGGGAAACCAGUGAUAAUAUCUAGAGUAGUUGAUAGUAUGAUUGCAAAUCUAAGACCAACUCGCGCAGAAGCAACUGAUGUUGCUAAUGCUGUUCUUGAUGGUGCUGAUGGUAUAUUACUGGGCGCUGAGACGCUUCGGGGACUAUAUCCUGUCGAGACUAUAAGGAUUGUGGGGAGAAUUUGUGCUGAGGCCGAAAUUGUAUGCAAUCAUUCUGUUCAUUUUAAGAGAAUUAACAAACAUGUUGGAGAACCCAUGUCUCACGCCGAAUCCGUUGCUUCAUCUGCAGUACGUGCUGCUAUUAAGGUUAAGGCUGCACUGAUUGUUGCUUUCACAUCAUCUGGAAGAGCAGCAAGGUUGAUUGCUAAGUAUAGGCCACCAGUGCCUGUGUUUGCCGUUGUUAUUCCUCGUCUUAGAUCGAACUCAUUGAAAUGGACUUUCACUGGUUCAGCACAGGCUCGCCAUUUGCUUGGUGUUAGAGGAAUUUACCCUAUUUUGGCUAGUCCUAAUGUGGCAACUUCAGGUGCUUCAAGUGAAGAAUCAGGAUUGAAAAUUGCACUUGAUCAUGGAAAAUCUGUGGGAUUGCUUAAGCCUAACGAUCAAAUUGUUGUUUUCCAAAAAAUUGGGGACUCAUCAGUAGUGAAGAUAGUGGAGUUUUAUGCCUAGGCCUAGCUUGUUUUCUGUCAACCCAUUUGUCUCUGCCUGACGUUCUGCAACUUACUGUAAAAGGGAUUCAGCAAUUUGAGUCUUGAACCCUCUAUUGAGAUGAUUAUGUUAGGGAUUAUCAGCAAGCAUAGAGAUUUGGGAGAAGUUUUUAUGCCUUUUUUUGGCACAUUAAAGAAUUUUUAUGAGCGUGACAAAUAUCACAGAUUCCAAAAACUGUGGUGUGUUGACGAAUAAGAACAACAUUAAGAUUAGUAGCAAAAAAAAGAGUCUAUAAAUUUUUCAGUCA